CCUAUUCUCAGCCCCAACCUGCUGCGCGGCGGGCCGUGCAACCCGCGCUGCGGAGAGGCUCAGGCGGCCCCGGCGGAGCGGCAGGUAAGGGAGCGGCUGCAGCCUCCUGCGUGUGCAGUAUCGCCGCGUCUCGGGAGAAGGGCCUGCACGAGCUACUUGAUUAGCAAGAUGAAGCCUGCUAAAUUGCACUAUUGGAUAUUGGGUUGUUUUUCUAUGGCACUAUGUUGUUGGUGUACUUCAGAUAAAUUCCCUCAGAGUAAUAGCCAUUCUCACACCUGGAAAAAGCUGUAUCUUGCUCACCACUGGCCAGUGACUGUAUGCAAGAUGAGUGCUAAUGAUUGUGAAGACCCUCCAGACUACUGGACAAUUCAUGGACUGUGGCCUGACAAAGGUGAAGAAUGUAAUAGGACGUGGCAUUUCAACGUCACAGAGAUUAAGGAUCUUAUGUCAGACAUGAGACGCUAUUGGCCUGAUGUGAUUCAUUCAUCUCUGAAUCGCACCCACUUCUGGAAACACGAGUGGGAGAAGCAUGGCACUUGUGCAGCCUCACUUCCGAUUCUAGAUUCUCAGAAGAAAUAUUUUAGUAAAACCCUGGAACUCUACCAGCAUGUUGACCUUAAUGGUUUUCUCCUGAAAGCUGGGAUAAAGCCAGGCAGUACAUACUACCAGAUGGCUGAUAUAAAGGAAGUGCUUACAAAACUUUAUGGGGUUACACCAAAGAUCCAAUGUCUUCCUCCAGAAGAGAGUGAAAAAGCACAAACACUGGGUCAGAUUGAAUUCUGCUUCACCAAGGAAUUGAAGCUGAGGAACUGCACAGAGCCAAAGGGUGAAUCCAGCCAAAUGCACACCAGCUUGCAGCUUGUGACAGAGGAGUUAUCUGUCUGCAAUGACACUCUCCCAGUCUAUUAUCCUUCACAAGUCCAAGAUCACAAAUGGAGCCUCAAGAGCUUGAAAAACUUCUUCAACAAAACAAGUUAAUGACAACAAUCCCUUAAAGUCAUACCUUGGAAAGCAAUUUUGACUUAGCAAUAUUACAAAAUCUUGCCUGUAUCAGGUGUUCUGAGGGCACUUCUGCUUGGGGAAAAGAACCAAAAAAAUGCUUUGGCCAUUAUAAAAGAAAAUAGUUUGCAUUGUAAUACCAGCUAUGUAGGCUGGAGUCUUGAAUUGCUGGUCUGGUACAGAUGAAAUCAGAAUCUGAUUUAGAGCUCUGUCUGUACUUCUUGGCUUAUUUUAUAAUUUGAAUCAGUGUUCAAAUAAGCUGUGAUGACUUAGUUUCAUUUGCAGUUCAAUCUGCCACUUCAGCCACAUGUUUUUUUGGCAGUGACUCAGGGUAGCUAAGUUAUUCUUCAUUUUAAAAAGAUGCUUAUCAACUUGAGAUGACAAUUUAUUGAAGGGAAUAUUGUAAAAUGGAAGAACUUGAGAUCUGUCUGCUUUGUGUAAAUAUGUUCUCCAGAAGCACUGUAGCAUUAAACCUUUCCUCACUCAGAUUACAGGUGCCCAAAAACGACAACCUUUUAACGAAUAUACUUAUUGGCAUCUGCUAAAAGAACCCCGAGAUUGUACUUGCAGCCUCACCUGUUCAUAGGUUGAUUUUGGCCCAGUGACUAAUACCCUCAUGAAGAGUGACUGGUUUUAAAUUGUCUGCUUUUAUAGGAAAAUAAUAUUAGACCCUAGAAAUAUUCUUAAUGUUUAACAAAUUUGAACAAUUAGCAAUUAAUCCCAUAACAAUAACAAGCCACAAAGUUGCAUGCUUCCAAGUAAGACUGAUUUAGAUGAGAUCCUCUACACAGUGCUAUGGUGAUGCAAGUGUCUCAAAUUGUCUUUGAAAGACAAUUAGGACUCAAAGAACCAUCUGUUAGAGAAGUGUAUUACUGCAAAAAUGGUAAAAGCAAGUUUCUGAGUGGAAGGUGAUUCAAAGACCAGAAAUUAUCUGUUGUGCAUUGGUAUUUUUGGCCAUUUUUCAGGGAGUGCUGUGAUGAUCCAGUAUUUUCUCUGGGGUUGACUUUAAUAAUUGUGUAAUAUUCUGGUAAGAACAGUAAAGAGCACACUAUAAAACUUCUGUGUAUGUUUGUGUAUGCAUUGUACAUGAUAUAUCACGUCUGUUUGCAAUUAAGAACACCAAUACAGCUUGAUUAUGAACGCAGUUCUCAAUUAGAACAACUGACUUCUCAAAAUCUGUAGAUGUUGUCAUCUUGGGAGCAAGGGUAACAUGAGAAAAAAGAUAUAAAAUCUGUAAUGGUACACUGUGCUGUCAGAUGAAUGGUUGCUGGGGUUGCUAGUUAUUUUAAUUCCUCUUCACAGCUGAAGAAAAGCUCAAAUAGAAACAAUGGGAGUAUUGCUGGUUCUUGUACAGGCUUUAUGGAAGCUUGAGUCAAUAGCCUGAUUUUUUUUUUUUUUGUAAAUUGUAGUAUAAGUUGUUUUACUUUAUAUCUUCAAAUAAUGCUUAAGGAGACAAAAUAUAUUAUGUACAAAAUCUCCAUAGUUCAAAUGUAUUGCAUUAGUUACAUAUUGCAGCCCACAGCUGCAAAUACCAGCUUCAGAAGGAAGUAGCAUAGACACAGCCUUUAUAGUGUGAUGCUACACGUUCAAGCUGAUUCUUGCAAAAUGGUCAGCAGAUCAAGACAAAUCGAAGCUAUUGACCUCUGCAGCAGAGCAAACAGUGCAGCUUCCAUAUACUUUUUGGCCUUCUGCUCAAAUGCAAGCAAUGUGAGGGAGCUGCCAAGUUCCAGAACUUAGAGGAUAACCUGUAUCAUUUGAAAUGGGAGAGGAAAAAGGGAGGCUGCACAGCCAGCAGUACGCUGAACAAGAAUCCUGCUACUGAAUGAGAAAGUGAUUGAUGAGGGCUAAGUCAAGAUGAACUAAAAAUAAAUCAGAGACAGAAUCUCAGCAUGGCUGAGGCUGGAAGGGACCCCCUGGGUGCAUCUGGUCCAAUCCUGCUCCAGCAGGGGCAUCCAGGCCUUUGUCCAAUACAUUUAGUAUUUCAGCUUAUAUAUUAGCAAUAUAUGCAACUACUGUGACUUGGUAUUGAUAAUCCCACUUGUGUAACUUCUAGGAUGAUGGGAAGGCUUUUGAAAAACAAUUGGCUGACUUAUGCAAGCAACUUCAGAGAUCUGUACUAAGGACUCCCUAAGGACAACCGAAAGAGCAGAUGGAUGAAUGGUAGCACCAGUUCAGACCAAAGAUUAUGGCUAUCCCUAUCAAUGACUCGCAGCCAAUUACCAACCUUGGCAAUUGCUUUUCAUCAGGUUGUAUGUAAUUCUAAGAGUUUUACUAAUACAAUUUAAGUACGGGAGGUAAACAAAAGUAUGUUGGGAAUCUCAGGAAUUGCUUUCAGUUCUGAAAAGUGGUGCUUACUGCCUUAACCAAAAUAAAAUCUGUCAGCCUUGAAAACUGAACA